AUGGUUGUGUUAAAAAUUUUAUUUUUGUUCCUGCCUCUACUGCUCGUAAAUGCUCAGGGCGGUGGAAGAUUUAGUUUUCCCAGUCGAUUUGAUUUUCGAAGGCCCAUAGUAAGACCAUGGGCGAGACCUAGUGUAUCUGCUGCACCAGAUACUCCAAAGCCCACAGAAAGAAGUUCACCUACUGAAAAGAGUAUAACCACUGAAAAACCUUUAGAACCUAUUCCAACAACGAAAGCUGUUUCAAGUACAAUUUCUCCAAUUGUCAUACCCAAAACUGUUAGGCCAUCCUUGACAAGAAUGCCACCACGUGGACGUUUUGGGCCACAGCCUGUAUUUGGGCCCAAACCUGGCUCUGUAGUGACGAAUUCUCCAAUCGAUACAUCGACAGGGGCCUUGGAAAUAGUUACCCCGAUGAAAAUUUUUCCAGAAUAUUAUCCAGUCCUAUCAACAACGGAAUCGAAUAUACUAUCAACGAGAUCACCGUUUGUUCCUAAUCGUAUAACAAGUAACAGUCACCAAAAUUUUGAUCCCAGAUCUCAAAAUUCUCUAUUCAUGUCUCAUAAUGCAAACGAAGAUGAUAAAACUGCUGAAUAUCAAACCGAAAAAGCAUACAGUGUAGUCUCGAAAACAACAUCAGAAUUACCCUUAUCUACUCAACAACCUUUAAAGGCCAUGGAAAAUUCUGUAAAUAAUAACCCAAAUGUUUUGUCACCCUUAAUAGCAACAGUAUCCGAGACGGAAAAAAUAGCUACAACUUCAAAACCAUCAUUACUAGAAGAAACUACAAAAUAUGAACACCCUUCAAGUUUAAAUCCAGACUGGUAUACUAAAUCCUACGUAUCUAAACCUACAACAACAGUUCCAUCGACUCCCAAAAUAAUUAUUGUACCAGCAAUUACAGUAACGUCAAAUGCUCCACUUGAUGAGGAGCACAACAAUGAAUUUUCAAAUUUCAACAUAAGAGAUCGAGUGCCACCUUACACAUCCCACGCCUUAAAUGUACGGAUACCUGAGAAUCGACGAGAUUUCCCUACUAGUUCAAAAUUUCCCUCAAAGGAAAUUAUAAUAACAGCAGCAACUUCAGAAAAACCACCAUCUACAACAGAUAUAAAAGAAUACCAAGGCAAAGAACCUUCUACAAACGAACCGUUAAUUAAAGUAGAAGAAUCUCCAUUUAAGAUAGUAUCAACAACUGAAGGCUCCCCGGCGAAGACUAAUGUUUAUAAAUUAUCAACUAACGGUAUUAACAGCUACAAAGAUAAUUAUUAUGAGCAAACAACAUUUGUACCUAAAAUUAUCUCCACAUCAACAAAAGAACCAAAAGAAUAUGCAAUACCUAUAAGUACAUCAGGCCCACUUAUUGGCGUGCAAAAAAUGGAUGAUGACAGAGGCUUCACUCCAAAGAAUCCGGAAAAAUGGGUAAUGGAAAAUUACGAUAAAACUAAAACCCCAGCGGACUCUUAUAAAUCCGACACACCCAUUUACCCUAUAUAUUCAAAUAAUAAUGAAGCAAAUUACGACGAACUACAACGAUCUAUAACAAAUGCACCAACUAUUAUAAAUAAUCCCACAACAAUACCUAAAAAAUAUACUAUACCGACAACAUCUAAACCAUGGAUUAUUGAUGAUAACAAGAAAUACGUUUUGACCACAGAAACUCCAAUUGAAUAUACUAACAAUUCAACGCAAUCAUAUAAUAGGGCGUGGUAUCAUAAAACCGGUACGCCACCAACUGAACCACCAAAGGCGACUAUAAUACAGCUCUCGAAUAACAACCGGUACAGUAAAACGACGACUGCACCUAAGCCAUCAGUUCGUUAUACCACGCCCCAACCAAGGAAUUCCUACGUAGAAAAAGUGUAUGACAUAGGUAACUUUAAAUGUAAGGACGAUGGAUUCUAUGCAAUAACAAAUCAAUGUGACGACUUCAUCGAAUGCAAGUCUGGAGUCCCUAUUCAAAACUCUUGCCCUGAUGGACUUCAUUUCAAUCCGGCAGCUAAACACUCGGAAUUUCCAUGUUCCUACCCUUCAGAGGUUAAGUGCGAGAACCAAGCUGCCAGUCAUAAGGCUCAACCAACUUCCGAAUGUCCGCGUCGCUAUGGCUACUUUUCUCUGCCGAGUGGUGGCUGUGACAAGUACAUUAUGUGUCAAGAAGGCCUGGCCACAGUGAUGUCUUGUCCGCCAGGACUCGCCUUUAACAUAGGCACAAGUAGUUGUGAUUGGCCUUCAAAUGUUCCCGACUGUGUGCCUGAUGUUUUUGAAGGAUUUAUCUGCCCAGCGCCAGAGCUUGAUGAAGACAGUAAUCCUGUCCGCAGCAUUUACAAAUAUAGAUACAAAAAGAGUUGCAAAAAAUAUAUUGCGUGUCAAAAAGGACAUCCUCGAUUACUUAGCUGCGAUUACGGACUUUCUUUUGAUGAAAACAACGAAAGCUGCGUGGACGAGAGUCGAAUUCUUGACUGUACAUAUUGAAGAACUUGGGACGUUCUUUAGCUUUAUUAAAAGUAUUGUAAAAGUAAACUUAUUUAUAGGUUAUGUUGUGACUAUUACAGUUUGUCACAUUCCAUUGUCAAAGAUAUUUUUUAUUUCGAGCCAUUUCUUAUGUGACACUUUUAUUACGUACUAUACAUAAACAUGAAAUAAACACCAAGGUAUUCAA